AUGACUAGUCCAGGUCCUAACGACUCUCAAAGUGAGAGACUCCAUCCAGCUACAUCAUCCUCACUGUCUCCACCUCCUUCAUCGCCAGCCCCCCUCUUCACUUCCCAACCCAAGCCACCAAGCCCUCUCCCGCCACGAAUCACCAGAAGCAAAUCCCUCCCUCCGAUUCUACCGUCAAAUACGGCAAACUCAGCCAUCACCACCACCAGCAAGCCCAAGCCAACUUACUCCGAAAUCGCCUCCCUCUACCAAUACAUCUGGGACCGCAUCGAUGACCUCAAGAUCAUCACAGGCGACCUCUGCCAGCGACUUAUUGCGCUAGAAGACACCGUAGCCGCCCUGGACGAAGGCGAUAAUAUGGAAAUCUUCACGAGGAAAGCGCUCGACAUGGCGACCGAAGGGCAGCUAAUAGCGAUGAUCGCGGAGCAAUUUAGGGAGAUGGGGACAAAGAUAGCGGAUAGGGGGACGGAUGUGGGCUUGGAGGAUGGUGAUUAUGGGAAGGAGGGUGGGGAUGGGGUUGAUAUCGAGAAUAGGCACGGGGACGAGAACGAGAAUGGGAAUGGAGGCGGGGAGGAGAACACGAAUGGGAACGGGAGCGGUACACAGAAAAACCAGGGGAGGGAGAAGCGGAAGGCCAGAGUCAGUAACCCUGACACAGACAGUGAUCCCGACUUGUAA